AGGCGCUGCGCGGCGUGACGGCCGGCAUGGCGGCGGGGCGGCUGGCGGCGGGCUCCUGGCGGCAGGCGGUGGCGCUGAGUAGGCGGAGGGGCUACCGGUGCUCUUCCAGUAGUACAGCUCAGAAGGCUGCUGAAAACAUAGAAGUUACUCAAGAAGAAAUUGUGCUUCCACGAAGGAAAACCUGGGAUAAACUAGCAGUUCUCCAAACAUUGGCUUCUACUGUGAACAGGGAUCCUACUGCUGCUCAUUAUAUGUUCCAGGAUGACCCUUUCCUUAUGCCAAGAAAUUCAGCUAAUGCUCGUCUGCUUUCAUUAUCGAAGGAGUCGGGGAGAAAUGCUGCAAAAUACAUUAUUAAGCAAUUUCCUCAAUAUUUUGACAAGAUUCUUGCAGAACCUAACGUACCGUGCUUGAUGCCCGUGACUCUCACACCUCAGCUUGAAGGAGUGAACGAGGAAGCUCUAAGAGAGCGCAUCAACCUCAGGAUGGUGAAAGCCUCCGUGGACCUGUUCGAUCAGCUCCUGCAAGCAGGUACCCAUGUAUCUCUGGAGACCACAAACAGCCUUUUAGAUUUGUUAUGCUUCUACGGAGAUGGAGAAUCUGCUCAGGAAGAACAACAUGCAGAGAAAGAGGAUUUGGAAGAAUCGGGGGUGAAUGCUUCAGAGCAGAAAACUCCAAAGAGACCACUCCAAAGAGGUCCACGCUCGUCUGGCUCUAGAUGGAGGGAGAACAACAAUGCUGAAAGGAUAUUUAAGAUAAUGCCAGAGAGGAAUGCACACUCCUAUUGCACAAUGAUCCGUGGGAUGGUCAAGCAUGGGGCUUCUGCUAAAGCUUACGACAUGUACACAGACUUGCUGAAUGAAAGGCACAAGGCUGAUGUGCACACGUUCAAUGCAUUGAUCGCAGCAGUCCCAUUUCUGAAGGACAGGUCCCCAGAAAGAUGGGAAUUAGUCAAGGUCUUCUUGAAUCACAUGGUGCAGCAGGAAGUGCAGCCAAACGUGCUAACGUUUAAUGCUGUGCUGAAGACUCUGAGGCGGUGUGGUGGCAUAGGCAGAAGUGUGGCUAUAUCAGUAAUAAAGGAGAUGGAAGCGCUUGAAAUUGAGCCUAGCCUCGCAACGUAUGAACAUCUUCUCUCUAUUUUUUAUAGAGCUGUUGAUCUUGGCCCAUCAGGCAUCAUAUCUGAGGUGCUAGAGGACGUUGAAAAGAGGAGUUUCACUGCCCAGGACCCUGAUGAUGCCAAUUUUUUUGCCACCGCUAUGCAAGCGUGCUGCGAUCUUAAGGAUAUCAAGCUUGCCUAUCGGUUAAAUAAGGCAAUGGAGACGGGAGAUAACUGGAAAUUCUUGGACAUGGCUCAGUUAAAUUCCUACUGGUCAAAAUUCUUUUCACUGUUGUGUAUGAUGGAACAAAUCGAUGUUGUGUUGAAAUGGUACAGAGAAAUGCCCCCUUCGCUCUUCUAUCCAACUCCUAAAAAUAUCUUGGACCUCCUUCAAGCGCUGGAUGCAGCCAAUCACUUGGAAGCGAUUCCGUCGGUCUGGGAAGAUAUGAAACUGCUCGGGUUUAAUAGGAGACAAGACCUGCUGGAAGAGAUUUUGUCUUUGAUGAGCAGAGAGCCGCACCCUGAAGAGACUCAGCUGGCGUUUGCCAAGUGUGCUGAAGACAUCAAAAAUGUCCACGAGCAAUUCUGGAGGGAGCAGGCCCCGUUGGCGUGGACAGGCAGCGCGCUGGGCCACGUCGCCGUGUUGUUCUCCAGGGUUGGGAGAACGCAGGACGCUUGGAAGGUGAUGGAGCGGUUCCAGCAAGUCAACAGGAUUCCCACCGACUGGGUGAUGGAUGAGUUCUUGAACUGUGCUAAACAAACCAAUUCCCCCGAUGAGGCAAUUAAGCUGGUAAAGCUGGCAGCGUCCCUCGGUCUGUCUUCAGCACAGAGGCUUAAAAGCAGAGCAGAGAAGGAAUUUGAACUCUCUGAAAGUCAGAGGAAGGCCUUGGAGAGCAUCCAGCCGGACAGCGACAGCAGCGAUAGCGACAGUGACAGCGACAGCGACUAGCUGUCCCUCCUGCCUUCCCUUUGGGAAAUGGGGGAGCAGCACGGCCGUGGUGUUGGGAGGCUCCCACGAGAAGUGAAACCACUGAAGAGGCGGCUUCUGGGAGCUGCCAAGAACUGAUUUCUACCCAGUGCUGCAGCACUCCAGCCCCUUCCCACUGGUAACCUCUUGGCAAGAGGACGCUGUCCUCUGCAGAGCAGCUGAGAAGCUGUCCUCUUUCACGGUCUGGGGAAGUUCAAGGUGGGCUGGGCUACCCUGCGGUCCCUUCCACACCUCUCACACAGCUCCUUGAGCAACGCUUUUCCUGGGCCUCCUGUGAUGUGAACCUGUGCUGGAUUUAAUUCCUUUCAUGCUAAUGUUCAUGAAUGACUUAAAAUGAUGUUCACUCUGUACGUAAACACUGUAACACAGCGUUCACCACCUGUGGUGUUUUUCCUCAUCCUUUUGGGGACAGGCUUCAGACUGUGGAGACUAAAAAGCUGCUCUGUAUAGCUGGAGCUUGCUGCGUCUAAUAAAUGUCUGACACUAAA